CACUCCUGUACGUUAAAUGUUUUGUCUAGUGCUCCCUCUUUCCAGCUGGACUGAAUAUCGAGGAGGAGUAUGUAUGGAUUAAUGCUAUCCCCAUGACCCAAGUUUCUGUCAAUUCCCCAGAUUCUUGUUCGUUUUCAAUUCCCUCUCCACAAAGCAAGUUAUUGGGAUUUUAAAGGAGUAGAAUAGCGAGCAGGAGGUCAAGAUCAGAUUUUUGUUUGGGGGAAGGAAGUUUUUGAUGAAGAUGACAAUGGAGCUGAGAUUUGUCUUUGUGCUGCUGCUACUUUCUGUUUAUGGCUCAGGACUUGGUGAUGGGCGUGGGAAAUACGUGGGUGAGCAGAAUGGUUCAAAGCACUUGGGCUUAGCGAAGAGAAAGCUCUCCGAAAAGAAAACUAGCUCAAACAGCACAGCCAAACCCACUGAUUUUGGGGUGGGCACUCCAACACCUCCUACUUAUGUAAAUCCCAUUACGACACCCACAACACCCACUAUCACCCCAACCACGCCUACAACUCCUGUUACCACACCAACAACCCCUGUCACGACUCCUACAACUCCUGUGACAACCCCCACAACCCCUGUUACAACCCCUACAACCCCUGUUACAAGCCCUGCUUUGGCAGGGCAGAGCUGGUGUGUGGCAAAGACCAAUGUUGCAGACAAAUCAUUGCAGACUGCUUUGGACUAUGCCUGUGGACUAGGAGGUGCUGACUGUAAAGCAAUCGUAAAGGGAGGUCAAUGCUUUGAUCCAAACACAGUUGCAGCUCAUGCUUCCUAUGCUUUCAACAGUUACUAUCAGAAGAACAACAUGGCAUCUGGAACCUGUGAUUUUGGCGGCAAUGCAAUCAUCACUCAGACCAAUCCCAGUUAUGGCACUUGCGUUUACACCACAGGCUCAAGCACUGGUACUCCUACAACCCCUACAACUCCUGUGACGACUCCAACAACUCCUGUGACGACUCCAACAACUCCUGUGACAACUCCGACGACCCCGACCCCUGUUACGACUCCGACAACUCCUGUUACAACUCCAACGACACCUGUUACAACUCCAACAACGCCUACUACUACCCCAGUGUACAAUUCCAGCAGUCCUGUUGGUGGUAUUACAACUCCAACCGGUGGCAUCACUGGAAUCCCCACCAGUUUGGGACCAUCCAGUUCAUUCAACACUACAUCAUACAGUGGCACUUCAUCAUCAUUUACAUAUCUGGGUUCAUCACUUACUCUCCUCAUGGGUGUAGGUGUGGCUGUAAUACUGUAAUCAGUUCAAAAUAGUUUACCCACUGCUUGUCCACUAUAUAAAGUGAUAGGACUUUAAUCCAACAUCUUGUCAUUGAUUACCGGUGCUACAUUUGCUAGUACAUCAUGGUAUAAUGAUGCUGCAGACAGAAAAUGGUCAUCAUAGUACUCCAGAAAGCUUUUUGGUUUUGUCUAACAGCUGCACAUGAUUUGGAUGGGAUGAUUUUGGGAUGGGCAUGCCAUUUAGGUCUGUCUAUUCUUUCUCAGAGACAUUAGGGAGCAUAUUGUUCCAAGCUUUUCUUUUGUACAAUCAAUGCUUGUGUAGUAGGAUCUUUCUAUUUCUGCCCUUGUAAGAACUUUAUAUUUAACAAGCAAGAACUAUCAGCAAUGCAGAUCAUCAAUUGAGAGGAUUUGGUAACUUAGCAUGUUAUCAGCUUCUUUAUCUAGGUGCUACUACAUUCUAUUGUAUUAGAUGUUAUAAGACUAGUAUGUAUAAAGCAGAGUUCAGAGAUGGUCAUGCCCAUCUAACUUCUUUUA